CGGACUGGCCACCCCGCGCGACGCCUCUCUGCCUCUGUGUCUGCAAUGGCCAAGCCCCGCGCCCGCGGGAACGCCGCGCCCGACGAGGAUCCCAACGCCGCCACGGGCGUCCGCGUGACGAAGCGGGCGCGGAGGAAGAGCGGGCCGCGGGAGAGCCCCUCCCAGCGGAGCUCCGCGUACCGCGGCGUCACACGGCACCGGUGGACGGGGCGGUUCGAGGCGCACCUCUGGGACAAGGACGCCCGCGGCGGGUCCCGGGGCAAGAAGGGCAAGCAAGUUUAUCUCGGCGCGUACGACGACGAGGACGCGGCAGCGCGCGCGCACGACCUGGCGGCGCUCAAGUACUGGGGACCCGGCACCGUCCUCAACUUCCCGCUGUGCGGCUACGACGAGGAGCUCAAGGAGAUGGAGGGGCAGCCGCGGGAGGAGUACAUCGGCUCGCUGCGACGCCGGAGCAGCGGGUUCUCCAGAGGGGUCUCCAAGUACAGAGGCGUCGCGAGGCAUCACCACAACGGGAGAUGGGAGGCGAGGAUCGGGCGCGUCCUGGGCAACAAGUACCUCUACCUGGGCACUUACGCAACGCAAGAGGAGGCGGCGGUGGCGUACGACAUCGCGGCGAUCGAGCACAGGGGUCUCAACGCCGUCACAAACUUCGACAUCGGCCACUACGUCAACCACUGGCACCGGCACCGCCGUGGCGCCGGCGGCGGUGACAGCCUCGGUGCGAUGGACGCCGCCACCCCGGUCGUCGUCCCGUUCCAGCUCCCAGACGACCUGCCGGAGCGCCCCGCCGCCACCGGACUCAACGGAACCAUGGGCGCCGCGGACUUGCAUGAUGGCGAGGACCAAAUGCCGCACCACGCGUGUUCCUUUCUCGGAGACGGCGCGCAGCUUGCUGACCAGGUGGGCCCGCCGGCUCACCACGCGGCGCCCACGCCGUCGGCGCUCGACCUGCUGCUGCAGUCGCCCAAGUUCAAGGAGAUGAUGGAGCAGGUUUCAGAAGCUGCGGCGAUGGCGGACGGCAACAGCAGUUCAUCGGCGGCGGAGACGUCGUGGGCGUCGUCGUCUUCGUCUUCGCCCCCGCAGCCGUUGUCGCCUCAGCGGCAGCCUGAGAUCAGCGGCGGCAGCACGCCGGCGCGGUGCAGCUUCCCGGACGACGUGCAGACGUUCUUCGACUUCGAGAACGAAACCGACAUGGGCUUCACCUACGCAGAGGUUGACACGUUCCUUUUCGGGGACCUGGGCGAGUACGCGGCGCCCAUGUUCCAGUACUGCGAGCUGGACGUUUGAUCUGCAUUGGACGGCUGGCGUUAAUACACCUUUUCUUUCUUAUAUGCAAUGAGAGCGGGUACCAAAUGUUUUACUCCUACGGGGGUCCUACCCAAGUUGCAAAAGACCAAGAGAUAGUAGUAUUUAAUUGUUUCUACUAAUUUUCUCA